AUGGUUCAUAUGAACAAAACUAGGCCUCUUCUCACUUCAACCUUCCUACUCAUGAUCACCACCUGCCUAUCAUCUUCCUCCACAAAUUCAAUGCCAAAUUCAAAUUCAAGAGCUUGCCUUCCCCAUACCUGCAACGGAUUGAGCAUACGAACCCCGUUCUGGAUACCGGGCCCACAAGACCCGCGAUGCGGGUCGCCCGGGUUCAACGUCACUUGCCGAGACAAGAAGCCCGUGAUCAAGAUCGACGGCGACGAAUACAUCAUCAGGAACAUAUUCUACAAGAACGAGUCGAUCCUGCUGGCCAAGGCCGACGUGUUUGACGACGAGGCAGAGUGCCCGGCCCCACGCCGCAAUUUCACGGUACGCGGGAGCCCGUUUCGCUACGGGCCCGACACUUCGGAUCUCUUUUUCUUCUACGACUGCACGGCUCCUUUCGACAGGCAGACGUACGCCGUCGACUGCGCGGGCAACGCCAGCCGCCACUCGUUUGCUGUGUUCCAUGUCGAGCUUUUGAAGCAUUGGAACUACUCUGUGGAGUCGUGCAGGGCCCCGGUUAACGCUCCCGUGGAGGACGAUGAUCUCCGGAAGCUGCUGGAAAUGAAUUACACGACCAUCUUGAGAAAGGGAUUCGUUCUGCAGUGGGGACACGGGGACUGCGGCAGUAGCUGCAAUAGAUUAGAUCCCCGACUGAAGAUCGGCAUAGGGGUUGCAGCUGCUGCAUUCGGUUCAGUCCUAGUCUCCAUAAUCCUAGUCGUUUAUCACUCGAGGCGUAGGGCCAGGUCGAGUGUACCGUCAUCCCCCAGCAUCAAGAAAGACCUGGAAGCUAUUGGGGUCCGCAUUUUCAACUACCACGAACUCGAACGCGCCACGGACCGCUUCAACCCCAAAACCGAGCUUGGAGAUGGUGGCUACGGCGCCGUGUACCGAGGCAAGCUCAAGGACGGACGACUCGUGGCCGUCAAACGCCUCUACGAGAACCACAACAGACGAGCCGAGCAGUUUGUGAACGAGGUCCGCAUCCUCUCCCGCCUCAAGCACACCAACCUCGUCUCCCUCUACGGUUGCACGUCGUGGCUCUCCACCGAGCUCCUCCUCGUGUACGAGUACGUCCCCAACGGCACUCUGGCCGACCACCUCCACGGGUCCCACGCAGUCCCGGGGUUUCCCCCAUGGGCCGCCCGCCUGAGGAUCGCUGCCGAGACGGCCGCCGCCCUAUCCUACCUCCACGCGUCGGGUGUCGUUCACCGAGACGUCAAGAGCAGCAAUAUACUCCUGGAUGGGAAUUUGAGUGUUAAAGUCGCCGAUUUCGGGCUGUCCCGUCUGUUCCCGGCUGGGGUUAGCCACGUGUCGACGGGCCCACAGGGAACUCCCGGUUAUGUGGAUCCCGAGUAUGGGGUGCUGUACCGUCUCACGGAGAAGAGCGACGUCUACAGCUUUGGUGUUGUGCUGGCCGAGCUCAUAUCGUCGAGCCCUGCAGUGGAUAUCACGAGGAAACGGGAGGAGAUAAAUCUAUCUGCUAUGGCAUUGGGGAUGAUCCAAAGGGGUGUGGUGCAUGAGCUUGUCAACCCACACUUGGGUUUCGAUUCAGACGGUGGAGUGCGAAGCACCGUCACUGCUGUGGCCGAGCUGGCAUUUCAGUGCUUGCAGAGCACCAAGGAUAUGAGGCCAAGCAUGGACAAUAUUGUGAAUGUUUUACAGCAAAUCCAAAACAAAUAUAACAGCAUGAAUGAUAUUCAGGUUCCCAGAGAUGAUGUUCUCUUUGUAUCAGAGUGA